AUGAUAAGGUACCUGGCAAAGUUGAAAACAGUAUCGGCUCAACUUGAGAAAUUCAGUAUCAAUCUAGUACCCAGGGUGGAAAACACUUUGGCAGAUGCACUAUCAAAAUUAGCAAGUUCGAAUGUCGCUGACUUAAAAAGAACAGUCAUGAUGGAUGUCAUGAACAAGCGAAGUAUAGAAUCGGAUGAAACACGGGUCAUGGUCAUCACAACUCAGGCAAAUUGGGUCAAAUUAGCUCACUCAUCAGUAUGUCACCAGCAAAGUAAUGGGCAGGCAAAGGCAGCAAACAAGAAAAUACUGGUUGCGCUUAAAAAGAAGUUAGAAGACUGCAAAGGAAAAUGGGAAGAUCUUAUGCCAGAAGUUCUGUGGUGUAAAAGAACGGCAGUCAAAGAGGCUACCAGCGAGAGUCCGUUUAAGCUAAGCUUCGGGUCUGAAGCGGUAAUACCGGCAGAAAUGGUUCUGCCAACCAUGCGCAUCCAGCAUUACGAUGAAGAAAGAAAUGACCAGUUGCUACGGCAUCAGCUGGAUCUCAUGCCAGAAAUCCGCCUAAAAGGAGAAAUUAGUUCGGCAGCAUAUAAAAACAGAAUGAGCAGAGCGUACAACAAAAAGUAA